UCCGACCCAGCCUUUCCGCCCCUCAGCUCGCUAGCCAGAUCUCUCUUCCACAGGGGAAGUCGCCGACGAGAAGAGAGGGAGGCGAGCUAGGAGGGCGAGGGGAUGGGGCGGGAGGUGUCGGAGAGCUGCGUCGACGGGGUGGUGAUGGAGAUGGUGGCCGCCUACUGCGGCCGCUUCUACGCCGCCAAGCCGGAGCUCGCCGCCGGCCGCAUUGAGGCCAUCGGCUUCCAGGUCGGCCAUCAGCUCUCCGAGAGAUAUACAAUGGAGCGCCCUCGAUUCAGUGAUCAUCUUGAGGCGAUCAAAUUUAUUUGCAAAGACUUUUGGUCAGAGCUUUUCAAGAAACAGAUAGACAAUCUGAAAACAAAUCAUAGGGGUACCUUUGUUCUUCAAGAUAACCAUUUCCGGUGGCUUACUCGUGUUUCACUAGAACCAUCUGUAGAGAGCGCUGAUACAACUGAGAAUGACUCUGCAUCAUUAGGUGAUUCUGCGGCCCAAACAACAAGCAUGCUUUUAUAUUUCCCAUGUGGGUUAAUAAGAGGUGCACUGACAAACUUGGGAAUCCCAUGUGCUGUCUCAGCAGACAUGUCUAACCUUCCAGCAUGUUCUUUCGUGGUGCGUAUAAAGACAUGAUCUGUGAGAAAUAACACAGGUAGAAUGUGAAUCCCUGCAUGUGGUUUAAGUGGUUUGGACAGGAAAAGGGAGGAGGUCCAGUUAUUUGAGUAGAUUGUAUUUUGCUGUUCCUCCUAUGUUUGAAUCUCAAAUAUUUGCUGUAAUUCUGUGAUGCAAGAUACUCUGUAAUAUUUGAUCUGGAGAAUGUCUAUAUAUAUGCAUUUUUUAAA